CACCAUUCCGACGCCCGUUUACCCGAGAAUAUUUCACUCCAGCACAAACCCCCGUGUCAAUCGAUUCCGGUUUCCAGCUGUUCACUUUCACAGCCAAGCUGUGUGGCGUUGACAUCUUGCAACGCCCCAGAGGCUGUUCAAGAUGGCGGCCUCUACGGAAUGGCCCGCCAACGAGAUUGCCUAUACGGCAAUCGUUGGUGUCAUCAUGCUCGCAGCGUUUCUAGAAUGGUUCCUAUGGCUGGCAGCCUUUGUCUAUUGCCUCGUCAAGGUCUUUCAAAAAGCAGAACACUGGACAAUCCGCCUCCUCGCCAUUGUAAUUGGGACAUUAUUCUGUGGGUUUCGAUUCAUUUUCCUGCCGAUCAUGGUCGUCACAUUGCCUCUCCCCGAUAAAGUCGUGGAGCAUUGGCCCACCAAUCUUGUCUCUUUCUUGCAAUGGUUCGGAUUCUGGAGUUUCGCAGCCCUCUUGACUGUUCCGUGGCUGUUUUGCGUCUACCAGCUCGUCACCAACAACCUGGGGCGAACGAAGCGGACAAAGCAGGCCCUCGACGAGGUGUCGGCACCCAAGGUCGUCAUCGUGAUGCCAUGCUACAAGGAGGAGCCCGAUGUUCUUGUUACAGCUAUCAACUCCGUGGUCGAUUGCGAUUACCCGCCCUCGUGUAUCCACGUUUUCCUGUCUUUCGAUGGCGACCAGGAGGACGAGUUGUACCUCAACACAAUCGAAAAGCUCGGCGUACCUUUGACGCUGGAGUCGUAUCCGAAGAGUAUCGACGUUUCCUACCGGCAAGCCAGAAUCACCGUUUCCAGAUUUCCCCACGGCGGCAAGCGUCACUGCCAAAAAAUGUCAUUCAAACUCAUCGACAAAGUCUACAAGGAGUACCUCAAGCGCAACGACAACCUCUUCAUCCUCUUCAUCGACUCCGACUGCAUUCUCGACCGCGUGUGCCUACAGAACUUUGUGUAUGACAUGGAGCUUAGUCCCGGCAAUCGUCGCGACAUGCUCGCCAUGACCGGUGUCAUCACCUCCACCACAAAGAAGCACAGCCUGAUCACUCUAUUGCAGGACAUGGAGUACAUACACGGACAACUCUUCGAGAGAACGGUCGAGUCUGGAUGCGGUGCCGUCACCUGUUUGCCGGGUGCUCUUACGAUGCUGCGGUUCUCUGCGUUUAGGAGAAUGGCCAAAUACUACUUCGCGGACAAGGCAGAGCAGUGCGAGGACUUGUUUGACUUCGCGAAGAGCCACCUGGGCGAGGAUCGCUGGCUUACGCAUUUGUUCAUGAUUGGUGCCAAGAAGCGGUAUCAGAUCCAGAUGUGCACGUCGGCGUUUUGCAAGACAGAGGCUGUACAAACCACUCGCUCGCUGAUCAAGCAACGCCGCCGAUGGUUUCUCGGGUUCAUCACUAACGAGGUCUGCAUGUUAACGGAUUGGCGUUUGUGGAAACGGUAUCCGAUCCUGCUUGUCCUUCGCUUCAUGCAAAACACGAUUCGAACCACGGCGUUGCUUUUCUUCAUCAUCAUUCUCGCCAUGCUGACAACAACAAAAUCGCCCACGGACCUUCCCAUCCAGUUUAUUGCGAUUUCCCUGGGACUCAACUGGCUGAUGAUGCUCUACUUUGGCGCCAAGCUCAAGCGUUACAAGAUCUGGCUGUACCCGGUCAUGUUUGUGCUCAACCCCUUCUUCAACUGGUACUACAUGGUCUAUGGAAUCUUUACAGCUGGCCAGCGGACAUGGGGAGGACCUCGUGCGGAUGCCGCCACUGCCGAUGCGACCACAACUCCUCAGCAAGCCAUCGAGCAAGCAGAAAAGCAAGGCGACGAGCUCAAUGUUGUUCCCGAGACGUUUAUCCCUGCUGCCACCGAGGCUGCGAAGAACAAGAAGGGCGGCAACAUGAGUGGCAUCACAAGGAAUCGCAGCAAGCUGUUGCCCCCAGACAAGGUCGAGGGUCGCUUCGCGGCCCCAGAGAGAAAGGCCAAUGGCUUCUACGCACACCCUGAAGAGUCGCAGUUCAGUGUCAACAACUUCCAUGGCAACAGCAGUGGCCUCAUGUCGCAUUUCAACGACUCUGUUGAUUCUUUCAUGACGACGCGGACAGGCAACAAUUCCGUCUAUAUGCCAAGACGAGUCGAGAGCAUCAUGGGCGAGGAGGAUCGCAAAAAGUACGAGCUAGCUCAGGCAAGCCAGUACAAUGCUUAUCUAGGGCCGUCUAAGCACAAAAUCCCACCAACUGGCCAGGUCUACGAGUUCUCCGACGCCGAGCUGGAGCGCAGGGGCUGGGCAAAUGCGUCCGAUGGCUCUUAUUCCGACAUUGAAAGCCCAGGGCCGUCUCGCGAUCCCUCGCCUGCGCCUGUUGCUUCACGAGACUCCGGCCGCGGCCACCACUCUAAUCUGAGCGUGCCGAGUGGCAGCAACCGCAAUAAUGCGCGAGGAGGAAGAAGUCCUUUGGGCCGUCAGAGCUGGAUGCGAACGUCUGCUGUUGAGACAGAAGAGGUCGAGAUGGAGGGUUACGGAUCUGGCAGUCGCACUUCUCGGCGACAAGAGGAGCGAUACACAGACAAGCCACAGCGCCGUAGAUCUUGAUGUGAUUGGUUGACGUCCGUACGGGGAUUGAUGAUGUGCGAGGCGUGGCCGCAGCCGAGACGCUCAUUCUCACAGAGUGAGGGUGAUGAUUACAACCUUUUUUUGC